GAUAUUAUUGAUUAUAAUAGUGUAAAAUACAAAUUAUUAUAUGUUUUUUUUCUUUUUUUAGAAGAUUAUGUUCAUACAUCUUGUGUAUAUACCAUGCAUUCAAUAGCCUUACACAGUCCUGAUAUAUUUAGAAGACAUUUGACUGAAGCAUUGCCUCUAGUAUUUUUUGCCAUGCACGGAAAAUCAUCUAAAGAAAAUGAAGACCUUCAAUCUCUCUGGAAAGAAAUGUGGUUAGAGUUUACAACAAGUGCUGAAUCUGGAAUAUUAUUAUAUAUUGAUGAAAUAUUGAAUUUAGUGCAGAAAGGCUUUGAAUCUCAGUCAUGGUUUAUGAAACAACAGUCUGCUGAAUGUCUUGUAACAUUGGCAAAAAAUGUUGGAAAUAAAGUUGAUAAGAAAAUAUUUAAUUUUAUUCAGUUUAUUAUUUCAGCAUUAUCAGGAAGAUUAUGGAAAGGAAAGGAAUCUUUGCUGCAAGCAUUAACUACUAUUUGCACAAACUGUAUUAAAUCUAUAGAAGAAAAAGAAAUGUCUGAGUUAAUGAAAGAGGUUGCAGAAACUCUCUUAAAAGAAUGUAAAAAAGAAAAUUUAGUUUACAAAACAGAAGCUAUGAGAGGUGUAAGUGAAAUAUUGGAGAAAUAUGAAAUGGAUUACUUUUCUGAGUUAUAUAAUAUACUUUUGCCUACUAUUAAGAAGGAUCAAAGGAAAAGCAAUGUACCAAAAGAUUCUGAAGAACAAACCAAUAAAGAUGUUUUAUUGGAUUUCCAACAAGUUACAUUUCAAGUUCUUGGGCAAGCUUGGCCUUUACAGAAAAAAACACAAGAAACUUAUAGGAAACCUCUUUGUAUGUUGUUUUUAUCUGAGUUUGAAACUAGUACAUGGAAAGUUCAACUUUCAAUUCUCAAAGCUACUAAAACCUUUAUUUCCAGAUUGCAAUUUCCUAAAGGAAGAAUUUCAAAUUCAGAUGAAGAGCAAGAAUUAAUUUCAAUUGUUGAUGGGAUUCUUAAUAUAGGAUAUAAAACUUUAGGUAAUAAUAAAUUUUAA